GGGAUCCAUCACAUUUCCUUUUUCUUCGUUUCCACUUCUCUCCUCCACCUCCACCGUGACCACCCCCCCUUGCUCACUUGCCAGAGUGCUUAGUCCACUCUCAGCUCACUCCCGGCCUGGCUCCUGACCCUGCGAUUGCGACUCUGCCGGCUUCCUUUUGUCUCUGCCGUCCCCGUCCUUUCGCGUGCGUGGAAACCUACACCUGAUUCCUCCACUUCCUUCUCUCUCCUCCGCUCCCAGCUUCAGGUCCGCCCUUCUUCGUUGAAAGGAGUCCCCUGGUAGCCUUAAUCGACUGCGCGACUGUGUUGUGCAGCGGGUGUCCUUUUUCAUCCAGACCUCUCUCUCAGUGUGCGAAUGUCUACCUAGACACUAGAGAAGCCUACACCACACGGCCAACCUUCCAGUCUCACGGAGAAAGUCCUAGGUUGCCCUUCAGGUUCCCUUCCCCGGUUCGCGCCCUUGCGUGUGUGUGUGUGUGUGUGUGUCUCGCCAACCUCCAAGGAGCUCCCGUCACUGUCAGCCACUCACUGGUCCAACUUGGUGUUGUCUUGCCCAUCACCAUCGCCGCCGCCGCCGCCGCCGUCGCCAUCGUCAAUCUCUACUACCAACACGUUCACUCUCGCUACGCUUUAGUCCGGCAAUCGGUGUAGCCGCUUCACUUUCUCUUCGCUCACAAACGCUAUCGAACACGGGACUACCUCGCAAGCAAAACCCACCGACUACUCUCCUUUUCAUCACCCAACUUGGCAAGUCCAGCGAUCGGCAGGAGGAAACAAGGCAGUCCCCGCCGGUAGUGGCUGCCCACGUUAUCGAUCCGAUCAACAUAACUUCAUCUCUUCGAACUGUUCGCUGUUUCCACAUUUUGAAACACACGCCGUCAACCUUCUCUCAGCCGUCCCUUUGGGACAUCAACCGGCACCAUGAUGCAGUCUUUAAAAACCCACGCCUCGUUCCAACGGCCACGGACCAGCGAGCGUGAUGUCGGUUCCGUCGCCCGCGAUCAGGCCGACGUCAAUCCCGCCAUCCCCAGCCGCAGCUCGUCCCUUCACUCCCGCAUCACCCAACCAAUGCCUAACUCGCUCAGUGGCAAGCCUCAGCAGCGCACCCCCAAGACCUUGACUCAUGCCUACAUGGUGUGUGGUGUCGGCCGUGAGCCUUCACAAUGGGUCAAGGCUCCUGCUCCGGCUCAGGGCAAGAUCGGUCACAUGAAGGGCGCUGUUGGCCAAUUCUGGCUUCCUGAGAUCCUGGGCAGCAGUCCGAGGUUGGAACAGGACAAUGACAUUGCUCGCGCUCUUCACAACGCCAUGAGGGCUUGCUUUCCCCACGACGUCGAAAUUUGCACUGGCAGAAGUCAACCACACUGCGUUCACCAUGCCUUCGUUCUUCAGCAGGAUUCCUCCCACACCUUGUACGGAAUUUGCUUGCGUGUCUGGUCCCGCGCCGACGAGAAGAGAGCCGAGACGAUUCGGGAGCUGAGAAGGAGGACCGAACCUGAUUUUUUCGACAACCCGGAUGAGCAGUACUGGAUCCCUUACUGCUUGUCUUUCCUUUCUCGCUAUCCGCUCUACAACCUGCUUGGCGACUACCUUCGUGGCAUGUGGAUUCACUGGAACAAGGCUACUAACCUUUUCCACGCGGAGGAGGUGUCCCGGAUUCUCAGCUUCCCUGCUCCUCGCUUGAACGACCUGGUCCGCAUCGACAUGAAGGAUUAUGCGCUGUGCUACCAGUUUCCCUCGUCGCCCACGGGUUUCCAGAACUUUGCCAUGUGGCCGCUGUUCAACUGCUUGUCUAUUCCCAACAUCGUUGGUGUCAUCGAGGCGGCUAUCUCGCCGACUCGCCGCAUCAUCUUUGUCAGUCACUACCCGGCCAUGUUGACGAUGGCUGCUGAGACUGUUCGCUUUGCUGUGCGCGUUUAUGAGUGGAGUGGUCUUUAUGUCCCUAUCGUUCAUGCCCGCCAUGCUACUCAGCUUGUUGAAGAGCCUGGUCCGUAUAUCCUGGGUAUCACGGCCGAGUGUAGGUCGCUCUUCACGCCUCCUGCGGAUGCUCUGGUUGUGGAUCUCGACCGCAACUUUGUUCUCACUUCAAGCCCACCCAAUGCCCUUUCUCCUAGUCAGCGCAAUAAGUUUGUGACCCGUCUAACUCAAGCUCUCAACGGGGACGUCACGCCUUCUGGCGUUCCUCCCCACCUUCGCUCCGCUUAUGGCGGUGGAAAGCUGAUCCCCGCUGGCCAGAUCAUUGUCAUGCGUGGAGAGGUGGAGUCGAUCCAGGACCCUGACUGGUGGAACCAGGAUGCCGUCAUGUCUGUCAUGGAUCAUGUGUGCGAGAAGAUGGGCCGCAACACCGGCAUCAAGGCCGUCUUUGGUGGUUCCGCCAAGAAACCUCUGAUGACAAAGGUGUCUAUGAGGCACCUGAAUGAAAUUGUUCGUGAGCGAAACCAGUACUCGCGCGAUGCGAUGGAGGCUUGGCAGGAUUUCAUCAACCUCAAGGGGCGUAUGGAGACGGAGCUCAGCAAGGUCACCAAGAGGAACAACUACCUUAACGAUGAGCUGGAGAGCUGGAAGCAGCAGUUCCUCAAGUUCCAGACCUUUGCCGAGACCCUCACCAAGGAGACCCAGGACCUCAAGGCCAAGAUCGAAAACUCGAAACGCGAGAACCGUCGUCUGGGCAGCCUUAUCGAGGAGCAUAGGAGCGACUACAACCGCCUACAGAUGCGCCUCCAGGGUACGGAGAAGCAACGUGACGACGCUCUUGAGGCCCUUGUGCUUCAGCAGGAAAUCGCCGAGGAGUUGGAGAGGGAGCGUAAGAGAAAUAGGAAGGAGCUUACUGCCCUGCAACACACCAACAACACCAUUACCCGGCAACGCGAUGAGGCCCGUCGCGUGGUGCUUCACCUUCGUAGUCUGAUUUCUGGCCAACACCAUCAUAUGGAGCACAUUGUCAAGACUAUGACCUCUCCACAGGAGUUGGCUGCUGAGAUUGAAGCCGGCUUUGUCGCAGCUGCGCAGGAGGCAGAGGAGGCUACUGCCGGCGAGGAGCCCAACAGUGAGAGGUUCAUCAAGAACCUCACCCUGGCGAGCAAGCGCAUUUCGUCCCAGACCUUUGUUGACGUGGCGGACCGUCAUCUCAAGGACAAGACCGAUGCCAUUGCGCACAUCAUCCGUAACAUCGCCGAGCAGUGCCAAGCGGCGGUAGACGGACUCCAGCUGGCGCAAGACGCCGAAAUUGGCACACACCACGAACCACUCUCGGCGAAAGGGGCCGGGAUGUAUUCAAAAAGCAGGAGAGGGAGUAAUCUCUCAAUCGCCCACAGCGAUGACGGCACCUCGGUCGCGACCACCGAGGCCGGCGACGACUCUUUUCUCCACCCCGGUGCUAGUGGACGGGUCUCCAGCAUCCCGCCGACACCGGAUCUCAUUCCCAACCGCAGCAGCACUAGCAUGUCAAUCGCUAGCACGGCGACGACCCCUGAGCGCACCUCCCAACAGUAUAGCCUGGGGCACCACGAUAUCCCCACCAGAAUCCUCGAAGACGACGAGGAUGAGCUCGCCGGUGAACGGAGCGAGAGUGAGAACCCCAUCCCGCAUGAGCCAAGUAAUUUCGUCGGCAAGCACGCAGAGUCCCUGAUCCACCGUCCUUCGGGUGCGAGGAUCAGCGCCCUGGGUAGCUCUCGUUAAGUUCGUUGAGGAGAAAGAGUGCAAGGGCCGAUUUAUCUAUCUAUCUAGUGCAAGGAACUGGCAGUCCAUCUAGUUGCUGAUCCGAGAUUCUUGUUGGAAAAUUUGGAAACACAGAGGGACAUAUCAUGACGACGAUUUAGGAUAAGGGCGUGUUGUUUUGUAGUUGAUCCAGAGAUAUCCCCCAUACUUCAUGUCGAUUCUACCUUUUUUUUUAUUUAACUCACUAUUUUUUAUGUAUCCAACCAACCUCGUUGUCUAUACCAUCAUCAACUACCACCAUUUGCCAUCUCGCUUGCUUUUAUGCAACGCAAAAAGCAACAAAUCUUGAAUACCACUGUGAGAGGAAAGGAAGAGGGGAGAACGUGGAGAGGAAGGUGGAAGGGAGAGGAGGAGGAGGCAGUGGCGGAAGAAGAGGAACAAGAGGAAAAGAAAGGAAGGGGGAGAGGGAAAGGAAGGACAUUACUGGUCUCUUUUUUCGUUUCAUGUCGUCACAGUCACACACAACUCAUGGUCACCCACACACUCUUUCACAUUUACAUAUGUUGUUCUAUGACUUUUCACUGUGGCGUUAUUCCCUUUUUGAAAGAUAUCAAGUUUUAUUUUCCCUCAACUACCUGACCGACCAAACUACAAACUAUUGGGUAAUCCAUCAUCCAUCUAUCUGUACCUCAUCUCUCUCACAUCUUGCACUCAGCUGAGAGCAGGCAGAGAGACGCAGGGCAGUUUAGCAUAGCAUCACAUACAUCAACCACUGCACAGCGCAGCGUAAUGUCAUGAUACGAAAUUCCUGC